AUGAAUGCCAGUUUGAUUUCAGAUUAUCAUUUUUUUCAACAAGAAAAAUCCAAAUCUACCACCGACACCACCAGCACAUUAUUAUAUGAUAAUUUAUGUAAAUACUUCCUCGUCUGGUAUUUACCAACUGUGAUUACACUUGGAUUUUUCGGUUCAAUAUUUUGUUUAUUAUUUUUAAUACGUUCAAAAAUGUUUACAGCUAAUUUACUAAUAUGGUUAAUAAGUAUUUGUGUCGGUGAUUUUCUCAUCUUACUCACUGAAGGUAUAUGGAUGUUAUUGAAAAUUUGGUUUAAAAUUGAUAUACGUGAUUAUAAUAAUUGGUUGUGUAUUUUACAUACAAGUUCAUCAAAUUAUUUAUUUUAUUGGUCUGCUUAUAUGCAAUGUAUGCUGUCAGUGCAACGAUGUUAUCUAGUGUUGUAUCCAUUGCAAGUAAAAUCCAAGUGGAUAUCAUUAUCAAAACUUGGCAUUUAUCAAGGCAUCAUAUCGAUGCUAUUGAUUUUACCUAUCCUACCAUAUCCAUUGUAUUGGCAAGUGAUUAAUAAUGAUUGUGAUCCAAUAAAUGAGAAAAUAUUUCUCCUUACAACUUUAUGUGAUUUAAUUUUUUGGGGAUUUAUACCAGUAUUAGUGAUGACCACGUGUACCGGGGUUAUAUGUCGUAAUCUUUUGUUAAGACGUAAAUUUACGCAUAAAACAACAGCAACAACAGCAAGUACUCAAUCAAAUGUAAAGUGUAAUCAACACACUAAUAAUAAUAAUUAUUAUUAUCAUUCCUCGCAUAAAAUGGAAACAACCAGUGAUCCAGAAGAUUUGGAAAUACAAGCGCAACUCACAGAGAAGAAAUUAUCUCUUUCCGAAAGUCAAGCAUUAAAUCAAGAAAAUAUAUCUAGUACAAAUAAUAAUCAUGAUACUAAUGACAAUCCAACAAUUCGUUCCAUCAAUGAUUUUCCUGUUGUAACCGGUGAAUUCAAUGUAAAACGUAGACAUGUUAUCACACAAGAUAGUAGUCAUACACAUGUAACACCAAUACUGCUGUGUAUGAAUUUUGUUUAUAUGGCUAGUGUAUGCCCAUUGCUUAUAUAUUUUUUAUAUUUAAAUUUUAUUAUAGAUCAUAUUGAUAAUCAUAUGCAUAGAUUUUUAUAUUAUUUAUUUCGUAGUUUUUGCUUAUUGAAUACAUGUACUAAUUGGAUAUUUUAUUGUUUAGCUGGUAAAAAAUUUCGUGAUCGUACUAAACAAUUAUUGUUAUCAUCAUGUCAUACAAAUAAAAUCUCGUCGGUUAUUAAUGAAAAUGGUUUUUUAAUUAUUAAAUAUUCUAAUAAACAUCGUUAUUCCGUGUCAAAUGUAACACGAAUUAAAGGAUUAUCUUCGCUUAGCAGUUAAACAAUCCGAAUGUCAUUAUAACCAAUUUUAUUAAUAUAUAUUGAGUGCAAGUGAAUGUUCCUAUCAUUGGAUUAAAUGAUCGAGUCUACACACAAUGGUCAUUCAUUAUUGUCAUUAAUGAAAACAAUCGAAGCUGUAUUCUGUGUUCAAUUAAUUAUU